GUUUAUAAAUAUAUCUCACUCUUACAGUGUUGUAAAAGAAGAGAAAAGAAGAGAAAAGAAAAAGGAGAAAAGAAAAAGAAUAGGAAAAGGAAAAGCUGCGACCCAGAAUAUGGCAGUAGAAGCCUUGAAGGUGGUGAUUACCCGGCCGGUGACUUUCGUGACCGGCAACGCUAAGAAACUGGAGGAAGUCCGAGCCAUCAUCGGACAAUCCAUUCCCUUGCGAUCUAUGAAAAUUGAUCUCCCUGAGCUUCAAGGUGAACCAGAUGAGAUCUCCAAGCAAAAAGCUCGUUUGGCCGCUGAAAAGGUGAAAGGUCCUGUGUUAGUAGAGGACACUUGUCUUUGCUACAAUGCCCUCAAGGGUCUUCCAGGGCCAUACGUCAAGUGGCAUCUGGACAAGACUGGUCUUGAAGGUUUGAACAACUUACUGCAUGCCUAUGAGGAUAAAUCAGCUUAUGCAUUGUGUACAUUUUCUUUUGCUCUUGAUGCUGACUCUGAACCAGUAACAUUUAAUGGGAAAACUAUGGGAAAAAUAGUUCCUCCUAGGGGACCCAAGGAUUUUGGAUGGGAUCCAAUUUUUCAACCUGAUGGCUAUGAGCAAACUUUUGCAGAGAUGUCAAAGGAAGAAAAGAACAAAAUUUCUCAUCGAUACAGGGCUCUUUCAUCAGUGAAAGCCUACUUUGCUGAAUCUGAGUUUGUGUUUAAGACUGAUGACUCAAAGGAGAAUGAGCAAAAUGCAUCUGACAAGAGUAAGAAAGAUUCUUCUGUUGAAAAUGAGAAAGGGGACUCCACACCUAACAAUGAAUCUAACAAGAGGAAAAGGGAAGAUGAUGUAGAUUCAGAAGCAACAGAAGAGGAUGGAUCUGGAAAAAAGGCUAAUGUGGAAAAGAAGUAAGCUCUUAUUUUGGGAUGGAAGUCACAGAGGAUAUUGGCAUUAGUUACUACAUUUUGUUUGGGUAGAAGUAUUUUUAUCUAGUCGGAGUUGUUGGAGAUGUACCAUCUCCAUGCAAAUUCUAAAUUAUGUUUUUAAAUGUGUAGAAUCUAUGAAUUUUAUUACUCUACCUAGUCAAUAUGAACCUUUUGAAAUAUUAUAUAUGCUAUUAAAUUUUAGUAAAUUGGUUGUCUUACGAGUAUAA